AUGCCAAACCCAACAAACGAAACAUGGAAAACGGUUGAAAAAGACUUUUACGAACUAUGGAAUUUCCCCAAUUGCAUCGGUGCCAUCGACGGCAAACAUGUUAUUAUUGAAGCACCUGCCAAUAGUGGUUCGCUAUAUUUUAACUACAAAAAGACGUUUAGUGUCGUUCUACUGGCAUUAGUAGAUGCCAAUUAUCGUUUUAUAUGUGUAGAUGUAGGUGCCUAUGGAAAGAACAGUGAUGGAGGAAUAUUUGCUUCUCCUAAUAUGGGAAAAGCACUGUUGCAGAACUCUUUUAAUAUACCUCCUGAUAAAAGUAUUCUAGGAACCAAUAUCAUUGUGCCUCACGUAAUUGUAGGCGAUGAAGCAUUCCUUUUAAACAAGCAUUCAUUGCGACCGUUUCCUGGUUCACAAAUUAAAAACAAUAUAUCAAAAAAAACUUUUAAUUAUCGCUUGAGCCGAGCUAGAAGGUUAUCUGAAAAUGUUUUUGGAAUUUUGACACAAGUAUUUAAGAUUUAUCAAAGGAGGUUAAAAAUGAGCCCCGAACAUGUGGACAAAGUUAUUUUAGCGACCUGUUGUUUACAUAAUUUUUUAAGGCCUUCUUUAAUUUCAUUGUAA